AGGUCUCUACUUCUCACAGAGGACUUUCACUCACGAUAUCUUUAGCAGAAAGAGCAGUUGUUCCGCACGGCGCCAGCAAAGACGUGCGUCGUUUCCUCUGCUCUCUCCUGCACCUUCCCGGACUCCGCGUUCCGUAUUUUCACAGUUUUAACUUCUCUCCGCCGCUCAUAUUUAGCUCUCUUACUGGUCCUCUUGCUGCUUCAACAGACUGAAGCGCUUUCUGCCUAUUUCGUCCUCCCACAGCGCCGUAUUGACGUUGAAGAGGUGCGGCCGUUCACUUCGGCCUGUGCGUCGCCAUUUGUGUCCUUCUCGGAAGAACAAACAGAUAAAGAACGCAGAGGAUGAUGCGGAGGCUUCAUCUGAAGGCGGCGCGUGCCGCCAGCGCGACAUCGACCGCCUGCUUUGCGACGCCUCUCACCUCCUCCUUGCGUGCACCCACGCCGUGCCUGCGUGUCCCUGCGCUGUUGAACUCGGCCAACUCACAGGCGGUCUCCUCGCUGGUCGUUGGCCGCCGCUGGCAGUCGAGCAACGUCACGCCGUGGAGCGGCGGAGGCGGCGGCGGCAACAGCAGCGGGGACGGCGGUCAGCAGCAGGGCCGGUCGUGGGUGAACCCCAACGCUGUGCCGCCGGGUGAUUUUCUGAAGAAGUACGCGCGCGACCUGACGGAGGAGGCGAAGAUGGGUCGGCUGGACCCCAUCGUGGGCCGCGAGGAAGUCAUCCGUCGCACCAUCCAGGUGCUGUCGCGCCGCACCAAGAACAACCCCGUGCUGAUCGGUGAGCCCGGCGUGGGGAAGACGGCCAUCGUGGAGGGCCUGGCGCAGCGCAUUGUGAAGGGCGAGGUGCCGGAGAGCAUCAAGGAUCGGAAGGUGUACGCGCUCGACAUGGGCACGCUGGUCGCCGGGGCGAAGUUCCGCGGCGAGUUCGAAGAGCGCCUGAAGGGCGUCCUGAAGGACACGAUCGACUCGCACGGGAAGGUGAUUCUUUUCAUUGAUGAGCUGCACACCCUCGUCGGCGCGGGCUCCUCCGGCGACGGGUCGAUGGACGCGGCCAACUUGCUGAAGCCUUCGCUGGCCCGCGGGGAGCUGCACUGCGUGGGCGCCACAACGCUCGACGAGUACCGCCAGCACAUCGAGAAGGACGCCGCGCUCGCCCGCCGCUUCCAGUCCGUCCUCGUCACGGAGCCCACGGUGGAGGAGACCAUCUCCAUCUUACGCGGCAUCAAGGAGAAGUACGAGGCCCAUCACGGCUGCCUGAUCAAGGACGAGGCCCUCGUCUACGCCGCUGUCAACUCCCACCGCUACCUCUCCGACCGCCGCCUGCCCGACAAGGCGAUCGACCUCAUCGAUGAGGCUUCCAGUCGCCUGCGCAUGCAGCAGGAGUCGAAGCCCGAGGCGCUGGACCUGAUUGAGCGCGAGCUCAUCCGUCUGAAGAUUGAAGCGGAGGCGGUGAAGAAGGACAAGGACGAGCUCGGCAAGGAGAAGCUCAACAACAUCUACGAACGCAUCUCGGAGAAGCAGAAGGAGUACGACGCGCUGGAGGAGCGGUGGAAGAAGGAGAAGUCGCUGUUCCAGAAGAUCAAGCAGAGCACCGAGGACCUCGACGUGCUGCGGCACCACCUCGAGCAGGCGAUGAGCGCCGGCGACUUUGCCAAGGCCGGCGAGAUCCAACACAGCCAAAUCCCGAACCUGCGCAAGCAGAUCGAAAAGGACAAGCAGCUGGCCAGCUCGCAGCACUUCAUGGUGCACGACAGCGUGACCUCGAAGGAUAUCGCGGAGGUCAUCGCGCGUGCCACCGGCAUCCCAGUGGCGCAGCUGAUGACUGGAGAGCGUGAGAAACUGAUCCACAUGGACGCGGCGCUGAAGAAGACCAUCAUGGGCCAGGACGCGGCCAUCGAGUCCAUCACCAACGUCGUGCGCAUCUCUCGCGCCGGCCUGCACUCGCACAAGCGCCCCCUCGGCUCCUUCCUCUUCCUCGGCCCCACCGGUGUGGGUAAGACGGAGGUGUGCAAGAGUCUGGCAAAGUUCCUCUUCGACGACGAGUCCUUCAUCUGCCGCAUUGACAUGAGCGAGUACAUGGAGCGGCACUCGGUGCACCGCCUCAUCGGUGCCCCGCCGGGCUACGUGGGCUAUGAGGAGGGCGGGGAGCUGACGGAGUCGGUGCGGCGGCGCCCCUACCAAAUCGUCCUCUUCGACGAGUUCGAGAAGGCGCACCCGAGCGUGUCGAACAUCCUGCUGCAGGUGCUCGACGAGGGCCACCUCACCGACAGCCACGGCCGCCGGGUGGACUUCAAAAACACCAUUAUCAUACUCACCUCAAACAUCGGGGCGGAGGUGAUCGCACGGCUGCCGGAGGGAGAGCCGAGCAGCGUGGCGAUGCCGGCCGUCAUGGAGCAGGUGCGCCAGCGUAUGACGCCGGAGUUCAUCAACCGGCUGGACGACAUCAUCAUGUUCAACCGCCUCAGCCGCGACGACAUCCGCCGAAUUGUCGAGAUUCUCUUUGCGCAGGUGCAGACGAUGCUGACGGAGCAGAACAUUCGACUGCAGGUGCCGAAGGAGGUCUACGACUGGUUUGGUGUGAACGGCUACAGCGUCGUCUACGGCGCGCGACCGUUGAAGCGGCUUGUGCAGAGCGAGCUGCUGAACCAGCUAGCGCUGAUGCUGCUCGAUGGCCGCGUUCGCGAAGGCGAAGACGUGAAGCUGACGGUGAAGAACAACGCGGUCGUUGUCGUUGCGAAUCACAGUUUGUCACCGGAGAAGGGGUUGAGUGAUGCGCAGCUGCUCUCUGAGAAGUGA